AUGUCCAACUUCACUAACGUAUCUAACAGGGCUGGUACAACCGGCAAGCCAGAUGUGCCUUUUGCUGCCACCUUUGCCGGACAUCUUCACUAUCGUGGCAUGAUAAUGAGCUACGCCCAAGGUGAUACCAAGCUACGUCUCCGGCAUUGGCCGGACGAGGUCAUCCUUGCUUAUUCACCUCAAACGUCGAGAGACACAGAAAAUUCUCUGUACGAGACCGAGGAGGCGUACAUGAAGGCCUGUCUAGAAUACCAAAAGCACCCUGCCGUCGCAAAUCUUGAGCACCCGGUAAAGCAUCAGGCCGGCGCCGUCGUCGUCGUCGUCGUCGCCACAAGGUCCUUGACCCUUCAACCCACAACCAGCCGCCCCAAACCUUCCUCUACGAUACCGAACGCAUCGCCCCGUGCGCCAAGAACAACAUCCUGUUGCAAGCCGUCAUCGCGCCCAUGCCUGGCCUCCACUUCGGCACCCCCCCUGACUCUCAUUGACGACGACAUCUUCGCAACCGCCAAUCUCCUCGACGCACUCCCCGACAUGGAACACGACGGUGACGAAGACGAGGCUAUGGAGGAUAUGGGCGAGGAGGACGGUCAGCGCCAGGAACAACAAGGCAUGGCAAGAAUCAAGCGGGCUGUUAAUCCGGGCAAUGACUGGAGUAGGGUCAUGAGUCUUUGA